AUGGAAAACAAUGUGUUUCGGCCCAACAUCAGCACCUCGAGUUUUCACCAAAAUGGUGUCUGUAGUAGCAGCAUAUUUGAGAACACACAAUAUUCGUCUAGUAGUUUACCUAGACGAUUGGUUAAUAGUAAACCAAUCAAGAGAAAUGUUAUAUCAAGAUCGACAGAAGUGCCUAAAUCUAUUGGUUUCACUAGGUUUCAUAAUAAACAAAGAGAAGUCUUGUCUAGAACCCACUUAGGAAAUUGUAUACCUGGGAGCUUUGUUUUUAUUCAGACAAAAAAUAGUACUUCCAUCUCAAGACAGAUUGAUAAAAUUGGUACAAUCAACCAAAAUGUUAAUGCAGGGUCAGAAAACAGCCAAAGAUUUUCUACAAUGGUUGGGAAUAGUAGCCUCAUGCAUAGAUCUUAUUCCAAAUGCUCGUCUUUACAUGAGACCUGCUCAGUUACAUUUACUAAGUUUUUGGAAACCAAGCUCUCUAGAUUUGGAGAAAAUAGUCCCUAUUACACCACAUCUAAUACAACACCUACAAUGGUGGUUAUAUUCAGUGAACAUUUCCAGGGGCAGAUCUUUGCAACUGGAAGAAAUUGGGGUGACCAUAACCACAGAUGCAUCCUUGACAGGGUGGGGGGGUCACCUAAACAAUCAAAUAGUUCAAGGACAUUGGGACAGUUGUCACAAAGGUCUUCAUAUCAAUUGUCUAGAGAUGGAAGCAGUGUUUUUAACUCUGAAACAUUUUCAAAAACAAGUACAAAACAGAACAGUUUUGAUCAGAUGCGACAAUACGACAGUGGUUCAAUACAUCAACAAACAGGGAGGAACCAAAUCUCCACGUCUUUGUUAUCAGACAUGGGAUUUGUGGAACUGGGCAAUAGGUCACAAUAUCAAGUUGAAAGCUGCUCACAUAGCAGGAAAAUCAAAUAUUCUGGCAGACCAUUUGAGCAGGGUCAAGAUCAGACAAACAGAAUGGAUGUUGAACAGACAAAUUGUUCAGAGAAUUUUUCUAUUAUGGGGUCAACCUCUGAUAGACAUGUUUGCAUCUAUUCACAAUCGUCAAACGCAGAUCUUUUGCACUUGGUUUCCUCACAGCCAAGCAUAUGCAUUGGAUGCCCUGACGAUAUCUUGGGAGGGGAUGUUUCUGUAUGCUUACCCUCCGAUUUGUCUAAUUCCCAAAGUUCUUCAGUACAUCAGACAGUUCAAUUGUCAAGUAAUUCUGAUAGCUCCCUGUUGGCCACGGAGACCUUGGUACACAGAUCUACUUCAGCUUUUAAUCUCAAUACCAAAAAGACUUCCAAACAUUCCAAAUUUACUUCAACAACCAAACACAAAAAUUUAUCAUCCAAAUCCAGAAGUAUUUCAACUAACUGCAUGGCUUCUAUCGACAGAGGUUUCAAAAAGAAAGGGUUUUCUAAAGACACUAGAACCCUUUUGGCAGCAAGUUGGCGAACAGGAACACAAAAAGAUUAUUCCUGUAAAUUCAAGCAAUUCAGUAGCUGGUGUAGUUCAAUGGAAAUUGAUCCCUAUUCAGCCUCUUUAGUUGAAGUAGCAAGUUUUUUGACAGAUCUGUAUACCAAAGGUCUUCAGUAUAGAACUAUUGCAGGUUACAGGUCAAUGCUGUCCUCAGUACUACCUCCAGUAGAUAAUGUUUCUGUAGGACAACAUCCUUACAUUAUCAGACUCAUCAAAGGAGUCUUUAAUUCCAGACCACCAAAAGUUAGACUAGUCCCAGAGUGGGAUUUACCAAGGGUUCUUGAUAUGUUGCAAGUUGCUCCUUUUGAACCUAUAAAAAAUGCAUCAUUGAAACAUUUGACGUACAAAACUGUUUUUCUGAUAGCUAUUACUACUUUCAGGAGAUGCAGUGAUCUACAAUCUCUCAGACUGGGGGAAGGAUUUGUCAAUGUUCAGAAAAAAGGAGUAACUUUCAUCAGAGAAGGUUUGGCGAAGCAAGAUAGACCCAACCAUUUUGGAGCAAAAAUAUUUGUUCCCACAUUUUCAGAAAACAAGUUACUGGAUCCAAAAAGAUCUUUGUUUUUCUAUUUGAAGAAAACAGAAACUCAUAGAAAAAAACUGAAAACAGAUUGCAAUAAAUUAUUUCUGAGUUUACUUGAGCCACAUCAAGCUGUGACAUCUCAGACCAUUUCAAAAUGGAUUGUUCAAACUAUACAUAUGGCUUACGAAAACAAACAAAAAUCUAAAGUGAAAGGACAUAGUACAAGAGCAAUAGGUCCUUCUUGGGCUUUAUUUAAUGGUGCAUCAAUAAAGUCAAUUUUAGAUUCUGCAGAUUGGAGCCAAGAAUCUACUUUUUGCAAUUUCUAUCUGAGAGAUGUAGAUGACAGCGUACCAGUUCUAAAAUGUUCUGUAAAUAAUUAA